AUGUUGCUCGAGCUACCUCGCAUCCCGCCCUCGUAUCUGCUCACCGGAGCGGCCCUUGCCUCGGCCGCUUUGGUUCUCAGCUCGUUCGCUGGCGCCCGAUAUGGCCUGCCCGGCCCCAAGGGAUAUCCCGUUAUCGGCUCGUUGCUGGACAUUCGGCCCUACCGCCAAAAGCUCCAGACACACACCUACUUUUACGAGCAGAGCCAGAUAUAUGGUUCGAUCUUUGAGGUCACCAUAAUGGGCAUGACCUUGGUGAUCGUUGUCGAUGCGCCGUCGGCCAAGCGCAUCCUCAAUACGCCUGCGGCUUUGGUUCGAGACGAGCGAGUCCUCUCUAUAUUCGAGGGCUUCUCUGCCAAAAGCCUCUUUCUUCUUUCCACUGCCCAAGGCGACGCGGCGUGGAAACGACAUCGCAAAAGCUUGCAGCCGGCCUUCAGUCCCACGCAUCUCAAGCGAGUCUUUGAGGCCACUGCCGAGAUUGUUGUCCAUCUAGAGGCCGCUGUUCGAUCCAGUAUCCAAGACAAGCGGUCGCUGAACGUCUUUGAUAUCUUCCAAAUGUUGACCAUCGAUGUGAUCGGCAAGGUGGCCUUCUCCGAGAACUUCAACUCGGUGCUGUCCAUGGUGGACGAGAAGGCCAAGAACCCAAAGCUUGUCCGUGUCGGGCAAUUGAUCAACGAAAUGGAGACUGUCAUCGUCAAGAGGAUCGAGGACCCCAUCAAACCCCUCUGGAGCCUCAGAGGAUACGGCCAUGCCGACGUCGAAAGAAUCGCCUCCCCGAUCCGGGAGUUCCUGAGGGAGAUCAUCGAGUCCAAGAAGCGGGCCAUCGACUCUUCCGAGACCAAGGACGAGAAGGACAUGGAUCUCCUCGAUCGUCUUCUCGUCGGCCAAGGCACCAAGUCGGAGAAAUUCAGCGAUGACGAGAUCAUGGACGAAGUCUUUGGCUUCUACUUUGCUGGUCACGAAACCACGACCAACACUUUGACCUGGAUGCUAUACGAUCUUUGCCAGAGGCCACACAUCUGCGACCGGAUCCGUCAGGAGCUCCGCGAGGUCCUUGGCAAUGACCGGCCGCUUUCGUGGGAGGACAUUUCGUCCCUCAUAUACCUGGACGCCUGCGUCAAGGAAACCUUCCGCCUUCACCCAAUCGUCUGUAUGCUUGGCCGGAUCGCCACGGAGCCGGUGACCGUCCUGGGCCGCACGUUUCCUCCGGGUGCCCGAUUGGUGGUCGAGAUCGAGGCUCUUCAUCGCAGCGAACUGUACUGGAAGAGUCCUGAGGAGUAUCGCCCCGAGAGGUUCCUUGAGGACGAAAUUGUUCCUGGCAGCUUCUUGCCCUUUGGUGACGGCCAGCACAAUUGUAUCGGCCAAAAGAUGGCAAUGAUCGAGAUCAAGGUCGUCAUGGCAAACAUUCUCCGACACUUCAACUUCACAAUGACACCGAACCAGGUUAUCGAGCCAAUCCAGACAGUCACUCAUGGCCUGAAGAACGGGCUGCUCAUUGACUUUGAGCAUCUCUGA